AUAGCACAGUGGUACCGGUACACUAAAAAUGAGAAAUGGGACCGGUCUUACAUAUAUACUCUGGUUUACAUACUUAGAGAUAAGAUUAAAAUUCUUAGCUUUGUUCCUCCCAAGUAAAAACCUGAAUGUACCUCCAAUAUAACAUACAUACUUUGGCGACUUUCAAGAAACUAUAUCUUAAUUUUUAGUCACCACCUCUGAUUAUUGUUUAAACUAAAUUCAGAAAGCCAUUGAUUAUUUUUUAAAUAAUUUAUCUCAAAAAGUUUGGUACCGGUACCCUAGUUGUGGCUAGAGUUCAAACAGUUUGAGGUCUGCUGUACUUGAAAUGUUUUAUUUUGCUAAAGGUAUCUAAAGGUGUCUAAAGGUAUCUAAAGGUGUACAGAUCAUGCGAUUAAACCUUGCUAGUGAGUGUUUUUUUAGACUCCAACAACAAAAAACCUUAUGCGUGGUACGGUACCUACCAAACAAUAACCAAUCAACUAACUGUGAAAUAAUAAAAACCAAAACAGAGUAUGAUUUUUGUCGUCAUGUUACAGUACAAAAUAAAAUUACUUCUAGACCUAUAAAAAUUACACUAAUAUUAUUCUUCUUUGAAAUUUUCCAAAUUAACGGGUCCAGUGAAAUGAUUUAAUAGCAUGAUCUCUUUGGACUUUGGUACUUUUGUAUUAACGACUUUAAGUUGUAGUGAUAGCCUAAAUUAAAUAUUUAAACAGUGUGUGCUUUAUUUCUCAUCCUAUCCUUUAGUUUUUGCAGUUGAUGAACAUAAAGUAUUUGCAAUUGUAGUAAAUUUUACCUCUUAAGGUCUAUGGCUAAGUCCAACAAUUCUUUUUGACAACAGAUUUUUUGUAAGUUACACAAUCAUUUAAAUGGGCUUCGUCUUAACUUAUACAACCUGUCAUAAAGUUAAAUGUGAGAAAAGCUACCUAUAUUGACCUUGUUGAUAAAACACCAUUUAUGUAAUAUGACUUUUCUCCACCUCAAUAAACCACAGUUUAGUCCGACUUACGACUGUUGACUGAUUCUAGUGAUACACAUUGAUCUUAAUCUGUAGUGUGGCCAAAUCAAUCGAUUGGUUCAACAAAUAAAAGUGUUUUCAAAUAAUGGUGUUAAUGAGAUGUUCCACUGGUUUAAAAUCUACUUUAGUUCAGUUGGCAGCCUCCGUGUUGGCUAACCUGGGGAUACUCAAUAGUGGGAUUGUGCUGGGAUUUCCCUCUGCCGUGUUGCCGCCCCUGCUAGGAUCUGGACCUGGACUUCAUGCUACCCUGGAACAAGCCUCUUGGGUGGCCGGCCUCAUGUUCAUCUCAGCGCCAGCUGGUUGUCUGGUCGCUGGUCCCCUGGUAGACUGGCUUGGUCGUCGUAGAGGCUUGAUGCUUCUCAACCUGUCAUUCGCUAGUGGCUGGUUGGUGAUUGCAGUGUUUCCUAGUUCACUUAUCGCCCUUUACGCUGGCAGGCUUUUAACAGGAUUUGGCCUUGGUUUAUCGAGCUGCGCAAGUAUCACUUACACUGCUGAAGUUGUCUCAGCAUCACUUCGCACCACCUUGGUGGUUCUCACACCCUUUAUGAUGUCCAUUGGCACAGCUGUCAUCUAUACCUGGGCAUUGUUUUACAGGGCGUCCUGGAAGGAAGCUACCUAUUUUUCGCUCGGUCUGACAAUACUGUCGAUGCUGCUGACUCCGUUACUGCCUGAGAGUCCGAUGUGGUUGCUGACCAAAGGACACACGGAGCGAGCUGCAGAGGCGCUGCAAAAACUACGGGCUGCUGCAGAAGUGGAAGAUAUCUCGGCAGAGCUGGCCACAUUCCGCAGUAGGGUAAAAGAGAAGGGAGAUUCCGCAUCAACACUACGUCUCCUGUCUCAGCCUCAGGCUUACAAGCCUUUGAUCAUCAUGAACCUGUUCUUCCUCUUCCAACAGAUGAGUGGUGUUACAAUUGUGAUUGUGUUUGCAGUAGAGUUCUCCAAGAACGUAGGCUCGGAGGCAGAUCCCUAUCUCAUUGCUCUGGGUAUCAGCUUGACCCGCACACUCGCCGCCGUCAUCACUAGUGGUGCCUGUAGCCACUACGGCAGACGACGCCCUGCCAUCUGGUCUGGUAUUGUUAUGACUGCCACUCUCCUAGGACUCACUCUCAAUUCCUUCCUUCCCCUCCCAUCCUGGCUGUCAGAGCCUCUUAUUCUUCUUUUUGUCCUGUCCUCAUCUAUUGGAUUUUCCUCGCUACCUUGGUCCAUGCUGGGAGAGCUCUUCCCAACUGACGUCCGAGGGAUUGCCAGUGGCAUGACAGCCUGUGUGGUUUAUCUUGAAUCCUUCAUCUCUGUCAAGCUUUACCCAGGACUUGUAGUCUCUUUCGGAGUGCUUCCUACAUUCAUAUUUUUUGCUGUCUCAGGACUUUUAGGUACCAUUUACUUGUUUAUUUUCCUUCCAGAAACUCAUGGAAAAACAUUGUUAGAAAUCGAAGAAUAUUUUAGUAGAGGUAGUAAUUUUAAUACAUCUCCUACAAAAAAGGUAAGUUUAGAAAGAACCCCUUGACCAACUCAGACAACAUGAUCUCUGUGCACUACAAAGGAAAUAUUCAGAGUUUUAAGAUGUCCAAAUGUAACAACAAUUAUUAGUGGUAAACACAUUUUUUAAUUGCUUUCCUUGAUUUGUUAGCUAUCUUGUAAAGG